AUGUCCGGUCAGCUUCCAUCAGAGACCAAGCGUGCAAGCGGAAUUCUGUUCGUGAUUUACGAAGGAACUAUUGACCUAUAUGUAGCUGUGGCAGCUGGUCUAGCCCUCGUGGGAGCUGGGCUUGCAAUUAGCACAGUAGGAUAUUUCUUAUCGUCAGAGUCUGCGAGCACUUCGUCCACCCAAUCUCUCGAAGCCACGCCCACGAUACAGCAUAAUGUUUCGCCGGCAAACAUAAGCGAGGCUUGUCGGGAGUUUCGUCGCAUAGUAGGAAAGGCGAACGUGUCCACAGCCACUGCCGAUCUCAUCAGCCAUUCUGGAUCGGAUUACCAGUCUUAUGCCUGGACCGAAGCCACAGCUACGCCGGGAGAAGUUGUGGUUUAUCCCGCUUCGACACAGGAGGUCUCGGAGGUCGUCAAAGUGUGUCACCGGCGCCGGAUACCAAUAACGCCCUAUUCGGGUGGAACGUCAAUCGAAGGUCAAUACAUUCCGAGCAUGGGUGGCAUUUGCAUUGACUUUACGAGAAUGGACCAAAUACUCGAGAUCAACCCCCUCGACCUUGAUUGUGUGGUUCAGCCUGGACUUGGUUGGCAGGAUCUGAAUCACCAGUUGGAAUCUCAAGGUCUCUUCUUCCCACCGGACCCGGGGCCAGGUGCGAUGAUCGGUGGCAUGGUGGGUACUGGCUGUUCUGGGACGAACGCAGCUGCCUACGGUACCAUGAAAGAUUGGGUUUUGUCUCUCACAGCCGUGCUUGCCGACGGGACGAUUGUGAAGACAAGACAGAGGCCAAGGAAAUCGAGCGCAGGCUACGAUCUGACGAGGACCAUCGUGGGAAGUGAAGGGACUCUGGCACUGGUGACAGAGGCCACCUUAAGGUUGGCGGUAAAGCCGAGAUUCGAGUCGGUUGCUGUCUGUACCUUCCCCUCGGUCAAGGAAGCCGCUCGAGCUGUCGAGUCAAUCAUUGGCAGAGGCAUUCAGGUUGCUGCCGUGGAGAUCCUGGACGAAGUGCAAAUGAGAAGCAUCAACGAGGCUGGUCUGACAAAGCGCAAAUGGAAAGAAGAGCCAUCCCUGUUCUUUCGGUUUGCUGGCAUCACGGACUCGAUUGUCCAAGAGACCGCAAAACUAGUGGGAGAGAUCGCACAAGGUCAUGGCUCUACGUCUUAUGUCUUUGCGACGGAUCAGGAGGAACGAGAAGAGCUCUGGUCGGCUAGGAAGAAUGCGCUAUGGUCCAUGAUGGCUCUCCGACAGCAUCCAACGGACAAAGUCUGGACUACUGACGUGGCCGUACCCAUAAGUCGGCUGUCCGACAUCAUAGAAGCGACCAAAUCCGAUAUCCAGGCAAAUGGCCUGCUUGGGUCGAUAGUGGGACACGUCGGCGACGGGAAUUUCCACUCUUUGCUCCUGUUUCCGGAAGAAAAGCGCGAUGUUGCAGAAGCUGUCGUGCACAGAAUGGUGGACAAAGCAAUCCAGAUGGAAGGAACCGCGACAGGAGAACACGGCGUCGGCUUGGUGAAAAGAGACUAUCUUGAAAAGGAGCUGGGCAGGUCCACGGUGGACUUGAUGCGUAAGAUGAAGAGUGCUUUGGACCCCUUAUGCAUCCUGAAUUGCGACAAAAUAGUCAGGGUCAAAUAA